UUGUUGCCACAACCUCUUGGCUGCUCAGGAACUGUUGGAGGAGGAGCUAAAGGGUCUAUUUAAACUGUUCCUGUGCUUCGUUCUGCAGAAUAAAACAUUUGUCUUUGUGACUUUGACACUUCCUGAAGGAGUUCCUUUAAGGAGAUUUUGUCAAUUUGUGUCAUCACAUACUAUUGAUACAGUAAAUAGUGCAUAUGUACAGUAAUGUGUAGUAUGCUGUUACUUAUUCUUCAUUUUUACUUUUAUUGCUGAGUAUUGCGUUUAAAUUUUAAACCGCUGCUGAUUACUUGAUUUUUUUCUACUUGAACUUUACUUCAGCAUCUCAUUAUCAUCUGAGGACUCUUUGAAGACUUGCUGUUACAUUGUAUUCAUAUCAUUUAUUGGUAAUGUACACAUUUGUAUAUUGUGCAUAUCUCAGAAGGUUUAUAAAAAUGUCCAAACUAUAUAGUUUUGCAAGAUAUGUUUGCUUUGAAUUCAUUUAGCAGAACCUUGUUGUUGGGCUGAAAGUAAAGUCUGCUAAUUUUAGCACCAGAGAAUUCAGCGUUUGUGCACUGAAGAGGUAACGUCAAACUGUAAGUACAUUAAUGCUACUCUAUUACGGUGUAUUCUUACUUCUACAUUAAACACACAUUGUGUAGACUAUAGGGCUACGAUUUCUGUUACCGGUUACUUAGGUUUAAAUUUGCUGGUAUUAUGGUGCAGUCAGUGUGUCGUCAGCAUAAAGCAGCCGCCUGAGAUAAAAGAUCAAUCGGCAGCAGGAGGGAGUUUGCGUUUCAAGUCUUCACGACAGCAUUUUAUAAUAAAAAACAAAGAAGACUGUAACCUACAAAUUGAGUGUAUGUAGCUUGGAAAUACUACAGUGAUACAUGAGCACAUGAGAAGAAAACACACGUGUCACAGAUGUCAUCCACAAACCAUCUGCUUUAAUGAUUAUGCUGCAUAUUAUUUGUUGACCCUUUAGUUGCCGUCUAUGGACAUGGAUGACUUUGUUCGUAACAAAUUGACUGAAUGGGGCUUCUGCAACUUGAUAGAAAGAUUUGAAGGAGGAAUCAAAAACAAAUUGUCCAGAAGUAGAGGACGUUUCUAAUGCUGGACCAUCCACCAGUGCCUCCAGUGAGAAAGGAAACAGAGCCUUGGACCUUGAUGGUGAAUUGCAGCCACCAUCUAAGAGGCAAAAACCUGGCUUCAUAGGAUCAAACUCAGAAGAAAUCAUACUUUCUUGUGGGAAAAGCAUCAUGAGUCAAGUCCAUGGGAGACUGCGUUUGGAUGAACACACAAAACUCAAUGAUUUCCUGAAGAGUAAAAUUCGUGGAUUGGAGACUGACAAAAGGGAGCUCAUCGGUGUCUUUGGUAGAAGUGGAGCUGGAAAGAGCUCUCUGAUAAACGCCGUCAUUGAAGAGUUUAACCUUCUGCCCUCUGGAGAUUUCAAAGCAUGUACCUCCGUCAUGAUUAAAGUGGAGGCCAACAUGCUCAAUUUUAAGUAUGAGGCAGAGAUAGAGUUCAUUUCAAAAGAGGACUGGAAGGAUGAACUUUGGUGUUUGUAUAAUAAUGUAAGGGACGAUCACGAAAUUGAAGACAAGCUAACAGCAUUGUAUGGAGAAGAAUGGAGAAAUAAACCUCCCGUUGAAAACCUCCUGGACAACAAAUAUUUCAAAGAAAUCCCAGAGUUUCUCAUGGAGAAAAAGAAAUUUUUGACAUCUGAAUCUGCUGCAGAACUGUCAGCAAAAUUACUGAAAUACACGAUAAGUGAGUCCAUUGAUGAAGCAGAGAAGAGGUGGUACUGGCCCUUGGUGAAGUGUGUGACUGUCAGGGUGCCUAAAAAUCCUCUUCUCCAGCACGUCACACUUGUGGACCUUCCUGGAAAUGGGGACUGUAACAAGAGCAGAAACGAAAUGUGGAAAGAGUUUGUUGGAAGUUGCUCCACUGUGUGGAUUGUGACUGACAUUAAUCGAGCAGCAUCAGAGGACAACGCCUGGGAGAUCCUGGAAAGUGCCUGCAGCCUCAUAGGAAACGGAGGCCAGUGUCAGCAGAUUCACUUCAUCUGCACCAAGUCUGAUUAUUCUGAAAAAUUUGAUAAGCUUUCAAGAGAUGCAGUUCGUGGUCACAUAUUUAAAAGAAACAUGAAAGCCAAGGAUGAAGUACAGAAAAAAUUCAACACACUGAACAAUGUCAAGAAACAUUUCAAUGAUGGAUGUUUCAAAGUGUUCACAGUGAGCUCCAAAUUGUUUCGGAAAGAGAAGCAAUCUAAACCCACUGUUCUACAGCUUGAUGAAACUGAAAUACCCCAACUUCAGAAGUUUCUGCAAAAUCUCAACGACUGUCACUCAGAAACAUUAAACUUUGUUUCUGGAGCUUAUGGGAUUCUGUCAUUGAUGCAAGGAGCCCGCAGCAGAGACACGGCUGACAGCAAAACUGAGGUCUGCCUACGACUUGAAGAAAAGUUACAGCAGGAAUUUCAGAAAAUUGCAAAAACCAUGAAAAAGACUUAUAAGGAUUUUGAAGAAUGUCUGAUUGACGGAGUUAGAAAUUCAGAAAGUUCAUGUGAAGAAACCUUACACAAGUUUUUAUAUCCAAGACAAAAAGGCAGCGGUUUCCAUAAAACAUUAUCGAGUGUCGUUGAGCGCAGUGGUGUCCACAAACCAAAGAAAGGAAAACUCAUAAACCUCAAUAUGAAGUUAAGCUCAAAGCUGACUGACAGCAUUGAUGAGAUAUUCAGGAACACCUUCCCGAAUGAAGGAAAACCAUUCAGUGAAGUCAUCAACGCCUUUUCCCUGGACACAGAGAAGCUGAUUGAAAAGUACAAAGCUGUUGAACUGCAAAUGAUAUUUCUAAAGAUAGAGGAAGAAAGAAUUAAGACAAGACUCACCAAAAUUAUUCGUGAUCGAAAGAAAACAAUCUACAGCAGCCUGACUGAGAUGAUCGAGGACACUAUGCAAGAUGGAUAUAAAAAAGCAGCAGAAUUUAGAGGAACACACAAACUAUAUAACAUGAGGGAGACACUGAAGACACAUUUACAUGAUUCAAAGAACACCAUGUUUAAGAAGGCUAAACGCGUUAUGUUACAGAACCUGCAGAUGUUGAUGGAGGAGAUCAUGGAGACAGUGAUGAAAUCUCUAAAUGAAGCAAUCGAGCUGUCACUCAAGACAGAUGAUCACAUUAUUCCAGAUUUUUCAGCAGAGCUUGAUCAGAUGAAGAAAUAUUACAAGCAACUGAAGAACAGCUCACAUGAAGAAUCUAACUAACUCAGGUUGCUGAAAGAAGGAAGCAGCUGUAGACUAAACCUACUCAAAGUCAAACAUGUGCCUUUAUUUCCUGGUCUCAACCACUGUAACCAAAUUAUAAUUUACUUUUAUUUAUGAGUAACGUUUUCUUAUAUUAGUUUAUUUUUUGGCUACAUGUUGUUUUUAGAGACGUUUGUUUUUUUUUACUUUUUCAAUUUAUGAUUACAAUACAUUGCUUUUAUCUUUUUUACUUUAUUUUAUGAAGAUAGUGUAGGUUGAUGAGAUCAGUGUCUUAAACAUCUGUAAAUCAUAGCUACGGUACAUUAUUCACAGAUUUAUUCAUUGAAGUAAUGUUAACUUUUUCUACUUCCUUUUAUCCAUAUUUUCUCAUAGUAGCUACCUUUAUGUUUUUAAGAGUAGUUUUUAAGUAGUUUUAUAUAUUUGCUUUACCCAGCAUGUUUUUAAUUGUUUUCAUUUUGUCAACCUUUCAGUUUUUUUUUGUAAUGUCUUCUUGUGACCUUCAUAUUAGUAGUGAAAGGGCCUAGUGUUUUACAAGAUCCC